AUGGAAAACUUGUACAAUGAGGUGUAUAUAAGGGAAAACUUGUACAAUGAGGUGUAUAUAAGGGAAAACUUGUACAAUGAGGUGUAUAUAAGGGAAAACUUGUACAAUGAGGUGUAUAUAAGGGAAAACUUGUACAAUGAUGUGUAUAUAAGGGCAAACUUGUACAAUGAGGUGUAUAUAAGGGAAAACUUGUACAAUGAGGUGUAUAUAAGGGAAAACUUGUACAAUGAGGUGUAUAUAAGGGAAAACUUGUACAAUGAGGUGUAUAUAAGGGCAAACUUGUACAAUGAGGUGUAUAUAAGGGAAAACUUGUACAAUGAGGUGUAUGUAAGGGAAAACUUGUACAAUGAGGUGUAUAUAAGGGAAAACUUGUACAAUGAGGUGUAUAUAAGGGAAAACUUGUACAAUGAGGUGUAUAUUAUGGAAAACUUGUACAAUGAGGUGUAUAUAAGGGAAAACUUGUACAAUGAGGUGUAUAUAAGGGAAAACUUGUACAAUGAGGUGUAUAUAAGGGAAAACUUGUACAAUGAGGUGUAUAUAAGGGAAAACUUGUACAAUGAGGUGUAUAUCAUGGAAAACUUGUACAAUGAGGUGUAUGUAAGGGAAAACUUGUACAAUGAGGUGUAUAUUAUGGAAAACUUGUACAAUGAUGUGUAUAUAAGGGAAAACUUGUACAAUGAGGUGUAUAUAAGGGAAAACUUGUACAAUGAGGUGUAUAUAAGGGAAAACUUGUACAAUGAUGUGUAUAUAAGGGAAAACUUGUACAAUGAGGUGUAUAUAAGGGAAAACUUGUACAAUGAGGUGUAUAUAAGGGAAAACUUGUACAAUGAGGUGUAUAUUAUGGAAAACUUGUACAAUGAGGUGUAUAUAAGGGAAAACUUGUACAAUGAGGUGUAUAUAAGGGAAAACUUGUACAAUGAGGUGUAUAUAAGGGAAAACUUGUACAAUGAGGUGUAUAUAAGGGAAAACUUGUACAAUGAGGUGUAUAUAAGGGAAAACUUGUACAAUGAGGUGUAUAUAAGGGAAAACUUGUACAAUGAGGUGUAUAUAUAA